AUGCAGGAUUGUUACAAAACUGCCGAGCAGUCUGACCCAUGGUAUGGAAGCACAUUCAUGGAAAAAUUCAUGGAAAUUCAUGGAAAAUUCAUGGAAAAUUCGUGGAGCAUCUUCACAUUGGCUUGGACGAACUCGCUUAUGCUCGACGGAUGGAUGUACUUGCAGGAAAAUUGCCGAGGAGGCAUCCAGGUUCAGAUUCAGACUUUGAUGGCAACAAUUUUCCUCGUCUUUCACUUUAUCACCAUGCCCUCGGACCACUUUGGUUUCUUGCCUGUAUCGUUCGCAUUGCUCGCUUGGGCGUAUCCUGGAGACAAUAAGCCGCUUGUUGAUUUCCAGACAUCCCCUGGUUCUUAG